AAUGAGGAAGCGGACGUUCUCGGAACAGGACGCAGCUAACAAAGCCAGCUAGGACGAGCAGCCACACAACAUAUAUCCGCUUCACCACCCGCAUAGUUACACACACACACUGCAGGUUAACGUUCACGCAGCAGUGCGGGUCGCUGCCAUGUUGACCGGGCCGGUUGAAUUUGGAGGCUCUUCCUUCCUCCAAGGCUGACGAUGUCGGCGGGACUCGCUAGUUUCACCUGAGCGGCUGCUGCUGCUUCUCGAGUUGGCUGCGGUUGGACACGAAGCUCCCGGGAUGGCUAUGCACGGCGUGUCCCAGGACCCCUCUCACGGUGCAGGGGAAGUGGGGGAGCUGUCGCACACAUUAUCUAAAGAGACCCUCGGUUCUCCAGAUGCGUCCGAGUUGGGGAGCCCGCGGUACACGCAGCACUUUGACCUCUUCAACAUGGUCGUGUCCUAUAAGAGAAUGGCUCUGUUUCUAGAACCAGCUGCAGAUGCCGUGGAGCUGACCCGCUUCCUGCUUGGAUGGAAGAUGCCGCUAUGCUCUCUGCUCGUCUGCAUGUUCCUCAACGUCUUCUUCUGCACUGUUAAUGAAGUGGGUUGGAUCACAGUGAGUGUGGUGGCGGUGGCAACGCCUGCGGCCCUGGGUUACCUGCAGGACAGGUGUGGGGGCAGAGCCUCAGAUUCUGAGCUCCACAGGAGGCGCUAUCAUGCUGUGCACCGCAGGGACCUGGAGACGGUGCAUCUCACCAAACAGGAAGCCAUGCUGGAAGUCAAAGACCUGUUGAAGCACGUGGAUGACAUGCUGUCCUCUGCCUGCCUGUCAGCAGAAACCUUCUACAAGGUCCUGUACUGGGACAACCACACCACGUCUUCAAGGUUCUACGGAGGGAUGUUAACGUUGGUGUGUCUGCUCCACAUCACUCCUCUGGGCUGGCUGCUCGCUGGGCUCAACAGCGCCAUCUUCCUGUGGAACAGGGACUUCUGCAGAGUGUUGUUGGACCUGAGGAAGCUGCUCCACAUGGGCCAGGCCUCAGAGGGAGAGAGUGCCGAACAGGGACACGGCCACUUGUUGGACAGGACCCCCACACCGAGUCUGGAGGACCUGUCUCCUGGCAGCGUGGAGGAAGCGGAGGAGGCAGAGCCUGAUUAUGAAUUUAAGGAUGCCAUUGAGGAAGCUUCGGCGUCCCUGCAGGAAACUCCUCUGGUCUUAGUGCAGGACGACGACGGGCCUCUCGGAGCCCCCGAGUAUGACACCAUCUCUGAAAACGGUCCCCUGAGCCGCAACGAACCGAUACGCAGCAAAGUGUCCAAGCUGACGGAGAAACUGCGUAAACGCUACCCCACCACCAGCACAGGCAACUGUUCUCACUGCAACGCCGUCUUCUCUGUGCUGAAGAAGAGGAGGAGCUGCAGUAACUGUGGCAACAGCUUCUGUUCCCGUUGCUGCUCCUUCAAGGUGCUGAGAUCUUGCAUGGGGGCCACAGCUCCAGAGGCCCAGAGAGAGACCGUGUUUGUUUGUGCUGCCUGUAAUUCUUCUCUCGUCAAGUUACAGUAAGGCGGCUCAGGGGGCCGGUCACUGUUCUCACUCCCCGAGCCCUCCACGUUGCUAAAACCCUAAAACAUGCCUCGCUUUUCAAGUUAAGGCACUUAUAUCUGUCGAGGACCCUCCCGCCCUCCUCUCUUUUGCCUUUAGCAGUGGCUAAACUACUUGUGUUGCAUAUGGGACUUCUACUGUAAUGUGUUUGAAUAGUUCCUGUUUCAACUGUCAAAUGAAGAACUGGACCUCGCGAAUCAAUGAAACUGACUUCAGAGCACCGCGGCCCUGAAAUCCAAGGACCUGCUCCCUUUGCUGAGCAGAGGGAGGUGCACAAUGUGCGUGUUCGAGCUGGUGGUGUCUGGUUUAUAGGCUGCUGACGGUGUUUCAUGCAUCGCCUCGCCACACAAGUCAAAUAUGGAUAUUUUUCAACCCUGUGACGAUGAGAGGACUAAGACCCAAAGGUUUGAAUUUGGUUUGUUCAGAUGAACAAAAUAAUGGAUGCGCGACCAAAUGAAGCUCUAUGGCCACCAAUACACUUCACCCUGUAGCUGCUCAACGAUGUCGUGUGAUUAGUUCUGGGUUGGUCCAAGUCAUUGGGGACAAUGUUUUUGUCCCCCACCAACUUGAGGAGCUCACGAGACAUAAGGGGAAUACAUAUGAUAUUCCAUAAAACAAUGGUAAAGCUAAAAUGGCCUGGCCUGCAAUGAAUUAGUUAAGCAGCAGCCUAUAGGUAAGAAAACGACCAGAGAUCCCUGGAGCCGUGCUUUUCCUCUAACUGGAUCCAAGUCGAACCAACUGGAAAUAAAGUGGAUUAAAGUUCAUCAGAGCCUCACUCUCUUGCAAGCGGGACUUAAAAGAAUUGACGUGAAGGCGCCGCAUCCCAACAUGUGGAUCGAGGUGGUUGUUUUAAAACAUGAUUCAGACACAUGAUUGUAAUAGUUUGCUUUGCUUUUAUUGUAUUUCCCAUAUACAUGUUACUUUGUUGUUCCCCUAUAUUUAAUUUAAAUCUUCAGAAAGCAAGUCAUUAUUUGACCGUAUGAUCAAGUCUGUAUAUAUUGCCCUUAUUUUAUGAAUGAAUUACGCCACUUUUGAAAUAAACUCUUGAUUGAUGAUUUUAUCAACUUCAAA